AUGUGGGCUUUACUGGAAAUUGACGACGACAUCAUCGGCACGACUUGUACCUAUAGUCAGUUAUCAGACGCAAUAUCUAAAACCAACGCACCUCUAGGGAAACCAACCACAGACUUACUGGAGUUUCUUGGAGUCGACCUGAAGCUGUUCAAGGCGAAUGAGUGUCCUAAUUCCUACGAACCUUCUUGUUCCUGUUGUCGCAGGCUAACUGAGUUAACCGAGUCAGGCAAAGAACCAGCAACAUUGACCGUUGUUCGUCAAUGUGUUCUUGAGUUUUACCCUUACUUAUUUGGAAGUCAGGUUUGGGAUUUUUACACGGGAAAAUCUUUCUUGUACAACUUUUGGAACGGGGAUUGUGAGAUGUCAAUGUUAGGUGAUUAUUAUAUCGCUCACCUUCCUUCUUCUUUUUUGGAAUGGAACGAGUUUUGUGGAUGUCGUGUUGGCAGUAUUAAGAGGGAAUCUGUUUGUAACAUUGCAGUGGACAAUGCUGUGUUUGUUCUGAAAAAGCUAUGCGACCGAGAAAAUUCUUUCACGAGUUAAUUCAACUUAGGUUGCCAGGUUUACGAAACCCUAGCAAAAAUAUGACUCUAUUUGGUUGAAUACUGCAGUUUGGCCUGAGAACAGAUCUUAUCUCCGACAUGUAUAUAUUAAGUUCUAUUCAUGGAAUUUCUCGUAUAUAUCUGUAUUUAAAUAAAUCUCUUUCACUGGACUGCUAAGGUCUGAGUUGUGGCAUUACCGUGACAUUUUCCUUUGAAAAGUGAAAUCAAACAAUUAUGACCAUUGAGGUUUAAAACUAGCACGUAUUUUUCUGAGGGGUAGCGCUAUCCGCUGGAGUAUUAUAUCAUUUCAACUCGACGUCUACGUGGAUGAAACCGCUAGAUUAACUGUAAAAUGCGUUGUCAUGGUCUUCAUGACCAGUAUCGUGAAUUCGUAGGAGCGCUAGGUGAGACAAGCGACUUUCUUCACCCACGUAUGCAUUUAGUUGUUGAAAGAGCGCCGACAACUUACACUGUGUUCCCACUGUUGCCUCUUCGGGAAUGACCGGUCUCAGUUUAGUUGCAGCCGACUGGUAUAGAUUUCUCCACGGUUUGCUAUUUCAAACAACUUAGAGGAUGGGAGAUUGUCACUUUGGCGGCUUUACGAUUUUUGGUGUGAGAAUGCUUGGAACGUGACAAACUAGCGACGAGCUAAUGGUAGCGAACACAAGAAAAGCACAAGAAAGUUCGAUCAGGC